AUAAUAAUGAUGAUAAUUUGCUAACCCGCAGCUCGCAGCCGCGUUUCCAGUUUCCACUCUCCUUCCCGUCGAGUCGACGGCGUUUACUAGUCCGGUCUUCGCUCUCCCGUUCCGGCGGCGCUUCCGAAAGUUCCGAACAGUUUCUUUUCGUUUUUCAAUUCAAUUUCCGGCAAUCGAUCUUUCAAAGAAGAAAAUGAUGAUUCAUGAUAUGAUAGAGCGUUCAUCGGUAUACUGAUGAUUCAUGGAUAGAGCUGGAAAACGGAUUCGAAAUGCAUCGACUCCCUUUGAUCUUCGUUCAUAAGAGGCGCAGUGACUCCAAGUCAAGCCGUCGAGACAGAGGAGCCGCCGACGCCGCCGCCAAAUCGAAGCCUAGGCUCAAGCGCUGCAACGCUUUGAAGAACAUCGACUUCGAGCCGUGUACUUCGCCUUCCUCGGAGGACUUUUUGAUUUCGCUCAAGUGGAGUGACAAGAAGAGCUUCCGGAUCGAAGGGGACAGGGCUGAGAUCGAAACUUUCUUCGAAGAGUUGGGGUUUUCUGGCCCGGAAGACUUUGAAAUUCCUCCGGCGGCAUGGGAGGCCUCCAUGAAGGCGCGCUCACCUUGCCAUGUCCUACCUAGGCUCUGUAAUUCUCCACCCGUCGAGUUCUCGGAUAGUGUUAGGGUUACUGACGGGAGGUUUCCUGUGAAUGGAGAGCCUGAUAAUGACACUGUGACUCGAUUUCCGGGUAGUGGUAGCGUUAGUAGUGUAUUUAAUUCGAAAAUUGAGGCUAAUGAUUCUGAGUUUCCCGAGAUUUGUAGAGGAAAUCAUCGGCAUAUUGAUCGUUGUGUUGGCAGCAGCAGUGGUACUCCUUUGAGGGGUGAGAUUUGUGAAACAGUGAGUAGAUUCGAUGACAGUGUAGCCUUUAAUAAGACUGAGCCUGCUAGGUUUGCUUGUGAUGGUGGUGGUGGUGGUGGAGGCAUUAAGGGUGUGAGGCCGCCUGUUCUGACUCCACCACCUGCAAUGCCAUUUCCAGUGGGCAAUGAUACCCUUUUGGGUUGGGGUACUGUGAGCUCAUCUAUGCCUGUGGAUGAUAUGAAAUUGGGAUUUUUGAGUCCGGAAAGGAUGAUAGCAGAUGCUGAAAUUGCAGACAAGGAGGGUGCUAAUAUUGAGGUUGAUGAGGAGGUGGAAAAUGAUAUAAGAACACAACUAGGAUUCAAUGAUUUGCACUCAGCAUCAUGUUCAUUCACCACCAAUGAUGAUGAUUCUUCUAGCACUACAACGGAGCUUAUGUCCAUAAUAUCUCCAAAUGGGAGAUUCAUUCGCAUUAUUACAGGUUGGCAGAAGGGUCAACUUUUGGGACGGGGAUCAUUUGGAUCAGUAUUUGAAGGCAUUGCAGAUGGCGGCUUCUUUUUUGCUGUGAAGGAAGUGUCCUUGCUAGAUCAAGGUGAUGAUGCUAGGCAAAGUAUUCAUCAACUUGAACAGGAGAUUGCUCUCUUGAGUCAGUUUGAACAUGAUAACAUAGUACAGUAUUUUGGUACAGACAAGGAUGAUUCAAAGCUAUAUAUAUUUCUUGAGUUGGUAUCUCAGGGGUCCCUUCUGAGUCUAUAUCAGAAGUAUCAUCUCCGAGACUCUCAGGUAUCUGCCUAUACAAGGCAGAUAUUGUUUGGGUUGAAGUAUUUGCAUGACCGGGAUGUAGUCCACAGAGAUAUUAAAUGCGCAAACAUAUUGGUGGAUGCUGCUGGGUCAGUCAAACUUGCAGAUUUUGGCCUAGCUAAGGCCACCAAACUGAAUGAUGUGAAGUCCUGCAAGGGGACUGCCUUCUGGAUGGCUCCUGAGGUCGUUAAUAGAAGGAACAGUGGCUAUGGGCUUGCAGCAGACAUAUGGAGCCUUGGCUGCACUGUCCUGGAGAUGCUUACACGACAAUUCCCUUAUUGCCAUCUAGAGCAUAUUCAGGCUCUCUUUAAGAUUGGGAGGGGUGAGCCACCUCAUGUGCCUAACACACUUUCAGGUGAUGCACAAGAUUUUAUACGUAGCUGUCUUCAAGUUGACCCAAAUGCUCGUCCAACCGCUUCUCAGUUGCUAGAGCACCCAUUUGUGAAGCAUCCACUUCCAUCACCCUUGAGUUCACCAUCUCCUCGCUAUCUAGGCAUGCGGUUUUAGACUGUUGCAAAUUCAAAUGGCCGGGCAGAUUGAAAUGCAUUUGACUAUGCCCUGCCACCUUUCCUUGAUUAUUGCUGGUAAUCUUGUCAUUGGUGUGUUGCGUCUUUUCAUCAUUGCACCAACAGCUCUACUCACCUGAUUGGAUCAAAGGCGAUGCGAUUCAGUUCCUGGGAUCCCCAUGGGUUUUUAACUAAAAACACGUAACUGAGAUUUCAUCCUGCACUACAAGGCAUGAGCUGUGAGUUUCCUAUUUGAUAGCUAAUUAGGACUCCGACUUUCUUAUGCGUUCUUAAUGUACCACUGUCAAUGCUAGACCAAUGUGUGUUGUAUUGCUGUUUUUUUUUUUUUUUUUUUUUUUUUUUUUUUGCUUCAUUUCAUAAUAAGCACCGUAUAGUUGACCUAUAAGUUUUAGUGUGAGGGUUGUAAAGAUAGCAAGUAUAUUGAGUGGUCUUGUAUAUAUGCAUUUAGUGUGUAUAAUAUCACGCAAAUGUUUUUAUCCUAACUGGUUCCAGCUUGUGUUUUA